AUGACGAAGCGCAAGACGAAAACGAGCACGCACUACUCCGCGCUGAGCACGCCGAGCCUCGCGAUGAGCGAGCUCGUGCGCAAGACGCUCGACCACGACGCCACGGACGUGCUCAUCGACAAAUGGCUCGAGCACCGCAACGACGCCUACUGGGACUGGUUCCACCGCGUGCGCGAGCGGCGGCACGCCGCGAGCCAGGGCACGAGCGGGCAGAUACUCAUGUGGAACAAGGGCGAGUUCGUGCCGGAGAACGUGUUCUGCAGGACGGUGGACACGAAGCGCCUGAUCCCGCUCGACCGGACGUGGACGACGCACGUGUACUACCACCGCACGAUGCAGGAGCGGAAGCUGAGCAUGAUGCCGGUGGUGUUUACGAUGCUGCCCGAGCUGAUGCUGCUCCGCGGGAUGCACGACCACGGGUGCGACGAGAUGUUCAUCAUCGUGACGGACCUGAAGCGGAAGGAGAUGGACGAGGCGACGGAGUACUUCAAGCUCGUGUGCCGGAACACGUUCGGGCGGACGCCGAAGCCGAGCGUGGAACAGCAGAUUCUGCUCGAACACAUGCGCCUGUCCCACACGCUGAACAAGCAACGGCGCCUGCCCUGCUUCCCCCAGAUCGACCUGACGUUCCGCUCGAUCCUGCACGAAAAGCGGCCGCCGUUCAUAGUGCUGUUCUCCCACCAGGCGACGUCGUACUCGCAGAUCUUCUUCACGCACAAGAUGUUCGUUCCGUCAGAAGAGAUCUUCUACGACUUUCCGACGGGCUGCCCGAACCCGUCAUGCACGGAGGACUGCGAGAUGAUACGAUUCCCGCGGCGGGGCGUGGAGGGCGCGGCGGUGCUGUCGAUGAAGCGGGGCGGGAAGCGGGCAAAGUCGCGGGAGAUGUGCAACUGGAUCGACUGCACGGUGUGCUUCAGCGAGGAGCUUGUGGUGGAGACGGCGAGCGAGGGCAGCGAGGACUCGGCGUGCGGCGAGGACGGGCUGGUGCGGACCAAGUUCCUCGGGCAGGUGUGCAGCCGGUGCAAGCUCGUCAAGUACUGCUCGGCCGAGCACCAGAAAAUGGACUGGGACGAGCACAGACGCGUCUGCGUAAAGCCUGCUGUGUAG